AUGUCCAAUCCUACCGUUACCACUAGCCAAGAUCCAACUGACAACCGGUCUCGACUCCUAAAUAAGUUUUUCUACGCUGUCGUCGAGGGAAAACGCAGGGUCGAAAAAAUUGGGGACGGCCAAAAAUUCCUCGAGUCCAUCGUGAACAGAACCGAUAAGUCAGACUGCAUUGAAAGACUAGCUUCAUCUAAAGAUGCUCAAAAUGCCCUCCACAAAUCCCUGAUAUUGGACUCUUCAACUCAGUUCAUCAACGCGUUCGUCGCAAACCUGAUACAAUUUCUUAAAGAUGAUGAUCUGGCAAGAGUCUGCGAUGGCGAGCUUCUACACCAGGUUAUCUGGAUUAUGGUUGAUCCUCCAGUAUUCUGGAACUGCCUGAUCCAGAAAGCCAGAGAGAAGCAGCUCGAGACGAAAACAUUUGAAGGCUUCGCUUGGCUAUUGCUGCAGCUUGUGCUCCUCCAGCCCCCUCGAUCGUCGCCGUUUCGGGAAAUUACGAACUCACUCCUAGAAGAUGGAACCCUGGAUAACCCAGGCUCUUUGAUGUCUGAAAGCCUAGUCCAAAAGAUCCGAUCUUUGGUGCAGCCCUCGCAACCCGGUACGGGCCCAAUCAUCGUUGGAGACUUUGGUCCUGGGGGUCGCCAUGACAAUGACUUUGUCAAUUACCGCGAUAUCUCAAUCAUGCCCACUCGAGAUGAGUUGGAGUCGACGAGGAGACCGUUUUAUCUACAAGCUUCCGCAGUAUUUGCGGAACCUAACACAAGUCGCACAUCUAAUCACCUUGACAACCAAUUCCGCCUUUACAGAGAAGACAUGCUCGCUAAUAUCCGUGAGGGUCUAAAACGCUCCAGAGACCGAAGUCAAAAGUCUGGAUGGAAAAAUGUGGUUAUUCAAAAUCUUACCUUGAAAGGGGUAGAUAAGAAUAUGAUGGCCAAUGGCAAAGCCUGUACUAUGGUUCUCGAAUGUAAAGACGACAUACUGAAAAUGGGCAAGGCUGGCAGUGUAGCAAGAAAAGCAGAGUUGAAAAGGUCUCCGGGAUUCUUGAAGCAUCAAAGCUUCGGAUGCCUAAUGAAAAACGACAAACUGCUGGGAUUCGCGAUGCUCUACAGAAACGAAGACCGACUCUCACUUUGCCCGCCACAAGUCUGUUUACAGAUCGUUGGUCAAGAAACGUUAAGUCAAGUCUUGCUAGUUCUGCAACACGACACGAUUGACUUCCUACUCAUUCCUACCUCGAUUUUUGCAUACCAACCCAUUCUAGAGAGAUUACAGCGGAAGACAGACAUCGAACUUGAUCAUGAUAUUCUCGUUUACUCGCAAACUCCAACAGAAUCUUCAAUACAGCCCACCGAUAUCAUAGAGGCGCUCAAGGCAUCCAUGGCUUCCCAAUCUGACUUGCAACAGCUCCUGAAAACAACGAAGUCAUUGAUCUUGGACCCUUCACAGAUCGAGGCCUUGAUACAUGGGCUCAAGUACCAAACAAGCCUAAUACAGGGCCCUCCAGGAACAGGAAAGUCUCUAGUCGGCGCUCUUUUGGCCAAGAUCCUACUUGACAACACUCAGGAGACCAUGCUCAUUUUGUCAUAUACCAAUCAUGCACUGGACCAAUUCUUAGAGGACCUGAUGGAUAUGGGAAUCAGCCAAAAUGAUAUGGUCCGCCUAGGGUCAAAAUCCACAAGCAGGACAGACUCCCUGAAAUUAAGUAAUCAGAUAGCAGACGGUCGCCAGAGGAAUAGGACGCGGCAGCAAUCGAUCGACACCUAUAUGAAUGACAGUCAAUUCUUGGAGGAUAAGAUAGACCAGUGCUUCGGCGAAUACAAGCAGGAUAAAAUUUCACCAACUCAGCUACUAGAAUUACUAGAGUUUUCUGAUACAGAAGAAGAAUUUUAUGACGCACUUUCGGUACCAGCUGCACAGGAGGGUGACACCCGCGUCGGUAGAAAGGGUGCUAAGAUGCGGCCUGACUUUCUCUUCGAACGCUGGAAAGGAGGAAAGACACCUGGCCCUUUCACCAAGGAAAAAUCAGGGGCUCCGUGUAAGAAAGUAUGGACCAUGCCGAAAAAUGAUCGACAGUUGAAAAUCCGGCAAUGGGAAAAGGAUAUCCGCGAGGAGAGAGUCGCCGCUCUCUGCGAAGUAGUUACUAAAUACAACGAGAAACAGAAGGUCCUAAAUGAUCUUAGAAAGGAGAAGGAAGAAGGUAUCCUUCAGAGAAAACGUAUAAUCGGCUGCACUACCACAGCUGCGUCAAUGUACGCGCAAGAGAUCCAAGCCGCCAAGCCUGGUAUUAUCAUCGCUGAGGAGGCGGGUGAGAUUUUGGAAAGCCACAUCCUUUCAGCUAUGGGGCCUUAUACAAAACAGUUGAUUCAGAUUGGAGACCAUAAACAACUCCGGCCCAAGGUAACCAACUACAAGCUCACAGUGGAAGCCGGGAAUGGAUACGAUCUCAAUAGGUCGCUAUUUGAAAGGCUUAUAAACUACGGGCGGCCUCAUUGCACAUUGCUUAAUCAACAUAGGAUGAGACCAGAGAUAUCUGCAUUGAUAAGACACCAGUACCCUGGCCUUAAAGAUGCCAAAGGCACAGAGAAUCGCCCGCAUCUUCGAGGUUUUCAGCACGAUGUUGUCUUCUUCAACCACGACCACCUGGAAGAGAGCCACGACGGACUCAAGGAUAAGCUUGACCAAAGCACUACAUCAAGUAAGCGAAACGCAUUCGAGGCUGAGAUGGUCUUAAAGUGUGUUCGUCACUUGGGACUACAGAAUUAUAACACAGACAACCUCGUGAUAUUGACCCCUUAUCUUGGUCAACUCUUACUACUCAAGGAUAUUCUAAGCCGGGACAGCGAUCCCGUCUUGAAUGAUCUCGACUCGCACGACCUUGUCCAAGCUGGAAUUAUGACACCCGCAAGCGCUGCAGUCAACAAGCCGCGCAUUCGUCUCUCCACUAUAGACAACUAUCAAGGAGAAGAGAGUGACGUUGUUGUGGCUUCACUAACCCGCAGCAACGCAAACGGAGAUAUUGGGUUUAUGUCUUCUCCAGAGCGACUCACUGUACUAGUCUCUAGGGCUCGAAAUGGGUUCAUCAUGAUUGGCAAUGCGGAAACCUUCCUGAACGCGAGGAAAGGUCGCGAGGAGUGGACCCGGCUUUUCGAUAACCUCAAGAAAAAAGGGCACAUCCACGACGGGUUUCCACUCAAAUGCGAGAAGCAUCCAUACAAAACACAUAUAAUCCGUUCAGUUGAAGAUUUUUUUCGUCUUUGCCCGGACGGGGGAUGCGAUUUACCGUGCAAAGAAAUCUUGUCUUGUGGGAAACACGCCUGCCAGUUACGAUGCCACGUGCGAGUUGACCACUCGAAGAUGCCAUGCAGCGAGGUCAUGAAUGAUACCUGUGUAGUUGGACACAAGCUCGUGUGGCAGUGCUCAGACAAUGCACCGCCUGCUUGUCAGACAUGUCGCCGUGAGAAAGAAGAGCGAGACGAAAAGGCUCGUCGAGACAAAGAUCUAGAAAUUAAACGGCAAGCAAGACAACAUGCGUACGCCAAGCAAUUAAAAACCUACCAAGAUGAAAUCGCUGCGCUGAGGAAAUUCAAUAAAGAAUGCCAAGAGGAGGCCCUCAGACAGCAGACUUUGCAGCAACAUUGGCUUGAGCUCGCUCAGUUGAAGAUACAAACCCAGACGCCUGUGAACACCAACGUAAAUCCGCCACGUCCAACACCAGCAGCGCCAUCGAAACGAAAGCCUGUACAAUCUGCACAACCUACAGCUAGUAGCGCAACUAAACCUAGUAAGAAUGAUGAUGAGAAAGCCCAGCACAAAGUACAGGAUGCCAAUACGUCCAAGCAACAGCCAGUUAGCAAUCCCGAAGCUCCAGAUGAAGAGAGUAGCGAUAGUGCAUCAGAGGCUACGCUAGAGGACGAAGACAUGCCAACACCUUCGAAACCCUCCCCCGCCGAAGCUGAUUGGAAGCACCAGAAGGAGUACGAAAAUGCCAACAAUGAAGCCAUCGAUUCUUUAUGCAAGAUGAUUGGGCUAGAAAGCGUAAAAAAGGAGUUCCUGAAUAUUAAGGCGAGAAUAGACACCGCCAUCCGCCAAGGAUCCGAUAUCAAGGAUCAGAGGUUCGGGGCCGCUUUACUUGGAAACCCAGGGACAGGUAAGACUACAGUCGCUAGGCUUUAUGCCAAGUUCCUCUCUUCCGUCGGGGCCUUACCUGGGGAUCACUUUGUGGAAACUACUGGUUCACGGCUGGCGAACGACGGAAUAGCAGGAUGCAAAAAGCUCAUAGAAGAAAUCCUCAACAAAGGGGGCGGCGUCUUCUUUCUGGACGAGGCAUAUCAGAUUGUGUCUGGCAGUUCCUUUGGUGGAGCACAGGUGCUCGACUUCCUUCUCGCAGAGAUCGAGAACCUCACGGGAAAGGUUGUCUUCGUGUUUGCCGGGUAUCGGAAGCAGAUGGAGGCCUUCUUUGCUCACAACCCAGGCAUACCUAGCCGAAUACCGAUCCAACUGAACUUCGAGGACUACGAAGAUAACGAGCUCCAUAGAAUUCUCAACUUCGAACUGGAGAAGAAGUUCACGGGCCGCAUGAAAGUUGAAGGUGGGGUCGGAGGGCUCUACAUGCGCAUCGUGGCACGCCGUAUUGGCCGCGGUCGAGGAAAGGAAGGAUUCGGAAACGCUCGUGAGGUGCAGAAUGUAUUCUCCAUCAUACUUGGAAGGCAGGCCGACCGUCUUCACCGAGAGAGACGUGAAGGUCGAACACCAGACGAUAUGCUGCUUCGGAAGAUCGACUUGGUGGGACCGGAACCCAGCAGAGAAUUCUCUCACAACCCGGAUUGGAAGACGCUUCAGAGCAUGAUCGGACUGAAGUCGGUGAAACAGUCGGUCAUGGUCCUCGUCGAUCGCUUACAGACCAACUACGACCGUGAAAUGAAAGAACAGCCCACGGUCGAGUGUUCCCUGAACAAGGUGUUCGUUGGAAAUCCUGGAACUGGUAAAACGACCGUUGCAAAGCUCUAUGGUAAAAUUCUAAAGGCAUUGGGCCUCCUAAGUAACGGCGAAGUUAUUAUCAAGAACCCGGCCGAUUUUGUUGGCGGCGCCCUUGGACAAUCCGAGAAAAACACCAAAGCCAUCCUCGAAUCUACCAAGGGCAAGGUCUUGAUUAUCGACGAGGCCUACAUGCUCGCCGGCGGUGGUGCCAGCGGUGCUUCAGGCUCUGGAGGAUUCAGCGAUCCCUACAAAACAGCUGUGGUAGAUACUAUAGUUGCUGAAGUCCAAAGCACUUCACUUGAGGAUAGAUGCGUUCUGCUGUUGGGGUAUAGAGAACAGAUGGAAGACAUGUUCCAGAAGGUCAACCCGGGCCUGACGAGACGUUUCCCCAUCUCGUCUGGUUUCAACUUCCAAGACUAUGACGACGAUGAACUCCGGAAGAUCCUUGAUCUCAAGCUCAAACAACAAGGGUUCAGAGCCACUGAGGCUGCAAAGAAGGUUGUCAUCGAAGUAUUAGGGCGGGCUCGUAACAGGCCCAACUUUGGAAAUGCAGGCGAAGUCGACAUCGUUCUCGACCAGGCCAAGGAGCGUCAACAAAAACGCUUGUCUGAAAGUCCCGGGCCAAAACACUCGAAUCUCUUGACUCCUAAGGAUAUCGAUCCUGACUUCGAUAGGGGUGAACGCGCGACAACCAAUAUUCGCGUGCUCUUCAAGGACGUCAUCGGGUGUGAGGAAAUUGUCGAGCAGUUGGAAGGAUAUCAGCAGAUUGUUCAGAACAUGAAGGAAAUGGACAUGGAUCCUCGUACACAGAUACCCUUCGGGUUUCUCUUCCGCGGCCCACCCGGAACCGGGAAAACCACGACAGCUAGAAAGAUGGGCAAGAUCUAUUAUGACAUGGGGUUCCUUGAGGGAGCCAGAGUAGUCGAGUGCUCUGCCACUGAUCUGAUCGGCCAGUACGUGGGCCAGACCGGCCCUAAAGUGCAGAAAAAGUUUGAUGAUGCACGGGGGGCUGUGCUGUUCAUCGACGAAGCAUACAGGCUUGCCGGUGAGCACUUUGCUAAGGAGGCGAUGGAUGAGAUCGUCGACUGCCUCACCAAGGAGCGAUACCAGAACAGACUCGUCGUCAUUCUCGCAGGCUACGACAACGACAUCAACCGGCUCAUGAACCAAAACCCCGGGCUGACUAGCAGGUUUCCCGAGACCAUCUCUUUCCGCCACCUUCCGCCACACCACUGUCGAGAUCUCUUACUGCAAUGCCUCCAGGCCAAGAAGCUCAACACACAGAGCCUGGAGGACUCUCCCACCCUGGACAGCAGACUCCUGGACCUAUUUGGCAUCCUAUCCAGCACGCCGUCGUGGGGGAAUGCUCGGGACGUGCAGACGCUGGCCAAGGCAACGUUCUCCCGGAUUAUGCGCUCGAAGACGCCCAACCCCAACCGCGUCGUGCCUGAAAACGUGGUCAUAGACGUCAUCAACGCCAUGGUCGACGAGCGGACCGCACGAGCUGCUGCUGCUAACCCGCUUUCCAAGUUCAUUUCCGAUCUGCCAAUGCAACACCCCCAGCCCAUGACUCAGGGACCGCCUCAGAUAACCACGACCACGACCACGACCGAGACGGCCACAGAGGAAGAAGAAGAGGAAGGCCAAGCACCACCACCACCACCACCACCACCGCACAAGGAAACAGAAGAAGAGCCGUCCGCCGCAGCCCGCGACGCCGGCGUCUCGGACGCCGUAUGGGCGCAGCUGCAGCUGUCCAAAGCCGCGGCCGCCGCGGAGCAGCGCGCGCUCGCCUCAGCGCGGCAGCUGGCGGAGCGCCAGGUUCGGGAGCAGGAGGAGGCGCUGAAGCGGGAGCGCGACGAGUCGGCGCGCCGCGAGGUUCUGCGCAAGCUGGAAGAGGCGCGCGAGCGGCAGCGGAAGGCGGAGAAGGAGAGGGAGGAGAGGGAGAGGAGGGAGGCCGAGGUCCAGAAGAAGCUGAGGAGCCUGGGCGUGUGCGUGCAGGGGUUCCAGUGGCUGAGGCAGGCGGACGGCGGGUAUAGGUGUCGCGGGGGGUCGCAUUAUGUUUCGAGCACGCAGUUGGGGAUGUGAGGGAUGUGAGGGUUGGGUGUCUGUGGUU